AUGGUGUUCGGGCUCCAGGCGGUCUAUGUCUCAGCUCUGUUCGUCAGUAGCUGGGUCCUGAGCAGGACCUGGGUUGCCGGGAUGUUAGCGGUGGCCUGGUACGUCAUCAACCGACCCGACACCACCAGAGUAGAUGAAGCCGUCCCGCUCAGAGAGAACUGGGCCCUGCCGUAUUUCUCCAUUCAAGUGGCAGCUUUGACCGGCUUUCUUUGCAACAGCAUCAGCACCGGCACCGAGAUGCUGUGCUUCCUCCUGAUGAGUGCGAGCUCCUUCAUCUUCCUCCUGGUUUGGGACCACAGUCACUACGUGCUCUUUGUCCAGGCUCUGUGUCUGUUCCUGCUCGACUCUUUCGACCUGGUGCCCCACAGAAAGGUGGCGGACAUGCAUAAGCUGUACGUGUCGUGUCUUCUGGCCACGUACUGGUGUCAGUUCCAGAACCCGGCGCUGCUCAGCUCGCCGCUGCUCUGUCUGCUGUUUGGAUCCACGCUGGCCCGGUACUUCCAGCAAAAUAUGAAGCGAGGUCCAGUCGUGGCCAGAAUCAUCAAACUCUGUCUGCACUUCUAUCUCGUUUUCACAACAAGCAUCACCUUCAACUACUUAGUUAAGAAAGUGUUACCUGCGACUGAGAACGACUUCAUAUUGAAGUUUCUUGAAGCAAAAUUAGGACUCAACACAACGACAGACUUUGUGACCAACUUCCUCCUGUGCCAAGACGGUUUCCAGAGUCCAGGGCAGGACCUGUUCUUCAGACUCACGCAGGCUUCAGUUCUACCCUUUUACCUCCUGGUUCUGGCCAUUUGUCUUCUGUCCACCCUGGAGUCCAUCUACAGGAGACUGCGUGGGCAGCCAGUGAAAGAAAAGCUCAGACUUGAAGAUGGGCGAAUAGGAGAGCACCCUGAAGUCACCUACCACGUGUUCCACACUCUUCUGUUUGGAGGCUUGGUGCUGCUCUUUGAUGGCACUAAAUACCUGUGGACCCCGCACGUCUGUAUGUUCACUGCCUUUGGGGUCUGCUCUCCCAAACUCUGGAUGACUUUGUUUAAAUGGCUGAACCUCAAGUCCCUGGACCCCGUGGUUUUGUCUUUAACUCUGAGCACCGCUGUUCCCACCAUCAUCUGCUUUAGUUUGUGGAGAGAGCACUGUCCUCGCGUCGUGUCGGAGUUGGCAGAUCUUCAGGAGUUUUACGAUCCCGACACCGUCGAACUCAUCAACUGGAUCAAGACGCAGGCUCCGAUGGCCGCGGUGUUCGCCGGCAGCCCUCUGCUCCUGGGCACGGUGAAGAUGUGCUCCGGCUCCAUCGUGACCAGUUUACCGCUUUACUCCGACAUCACCCUGCUGCGAAGGACUGAGGACCCGUUCCAGGUCUAUGCCAUGCGGUCGCCUGAAGAAGUCUACAAGAUCCUGAGCAGUCAGAAGACAAACUACGUCAUCAUCGAAGAGGCCAUUUGCAACGAGCUGAGUCUGAACCGAGGCUGCAGGAUCAAGGACCUCCUGGACAUCUCCAAUGGACACGUGGUGUAUGACAAAGGCGAGAUGUACUCCUUUUCCAAACAUGGGAGAUUCUGCAAUGAGAUCAAGAUGAACUAUUCUCCGUACACAAACUAUUUCACUCGAGUUUUCUGGAACCGGUCGUACCACGUUUAUAAAGUCAACUCCGGGAGGAUGAGUGUGGAGGCCGCAGACCGUGUGGCGGCGGUGAACAGUCGGCCCAGUACUCCGCCACAGACCUCAUGGUUUGAGUUUCUUUUAGAUGGAACUUUACUGGAGAAACAUCUGCAGAAACAAAACCCAGAUCCGCUUCCCGUUCAGCUGAUUGUGCAGUUUUUGGAGCAAGCCUCAAAGCCUUCUCUGAAUGAACAGAACCAGGUCCAGCCUCCGGUCGACAACAGGAGAAAUCGCACCCUCAAACUCCUCGCUCUCAAGGUGGCGGCGUUUAUGAAGUGGGACCUGGAUGCUCUUGAGAAAGGACUGACCAGUCCAGUGUUGAACAUGUUGCUGAACGAGCUGCUGUGUGUGAGUAAAGUGCCUCCAGGAGUGAAACACGUGGAGCUGGACCUGUCCACUCUGCCUCCCACCACUGCCAUGGCCGUCAUCAUCUACAACCGCUGGGCUAUCAGAACUAUUGUCCUUAGUAGUUUCCCAGAGAAACCAAACAGACCUGGACCUCAUCAAAUGAACAUGCUGAGCAUCGUGCAGCAGGAGAAGGAGAUGACAGAUAACAUUCUGACUGUACUGAAGGAGCAGUCUGCAGACUCCAUCAGCGUCCUGGAGGGGGCGCUGUGUCUGAAGAAGGACUUUUACGUCCACACCAUGAGGACGCUGGAGCUGCUGGCCUCGGACGCCGCCGCCAACGGAGAAACGGAGUCAUCUACGGCAGGACUCCGCAUCAGCGCCGACGAGUUCCACUGCCAGGUUCAUUAUGAUUUGGGAGGCAUCUUCUUCCAACAAGGCAGCACGGAGCAGUCUGCGUACGUGAAAGCCAGAGAUCACUUCAGACAAACCAAAGAGCUGCUCCAGAAGCUGGAGCGUCCCGUACACGUGCACUUGGACGAGCAGCGUCUGACCGGAUACUGGAACGCCUGCAGAGCUCUGACCGGGGACGGAGGCUCAGUGGACACACACACCUCCCCAUACAACCAGAUCAACAGCCACAUCCGGACACACAACUACCAGGCUGUGAUUGAGGCGUUCGUGAAGGACAACGUGAGCCGCAGUCUGCCCACUCACUUCAGGAGGUCUGUGCUCAGAGAGUUCAUGUACAAAGUCCAACAAGGGGAGUCGGGUCUGCAGGAGGUGUGUCAGAAGCUGUGUGUGUGUAACGCCGUCAGAGACACUUUGGAGGGAGACAUCCUCAGUGUGCGAUUCCAACAGCUGCUCCUGAGGCCCAGCAAACCCAUCGUGGACUUCAUGUUAGAGGUUUGCACACGAUCGUUGGAAAAGAACAGCUCAGAGACACACAGAAGAAACAUGGGACAUUUGUUAAGGACUCUGUGUGAGAGUUUGGAGGAUCUGUCUCUGGCUUUCUCCGUCUCGUCUCAUAAACUGUUCUUGGAGCUUCUCAGUGAGGAGCAGAGGAAAGUCCUGGUGGAGCAGAUGAGGAGGAGGUCGGCCACGGUCAGCCUCUGCUCCAAACCCCUGCCCUCAUUCUACGACAUCCCAGCCUCGGCUUCAGUGAACAUUGGGCAGCUGGAGCAGCAGCUGAAUCUGUCGCUGGAGCCGCGAAGGAUCCGACAGAUCCUGAUCGAGCUCCACGGGAUCACAGAGCGCCCCUUCUGGAGGGUCAACAACAAGUGGGAGGUUCCUGCAGAUUACAUCAAUGUGAUUCUCAGCAUCAAAGACAGUUUGACCAAGGACCUGGUCUUCAUCCUCAUGGCCAAAGGACUGCACUGCAUCUCCAUAAAGGACUUCGCUCACGCUCGGCAGCUGUUCUCGGCGAGUCUGGAGCUGGUCACAGAGUUCUCUCCUAAACUGCGGCAGGUGAUGCUCAACGAGAUGCUGCUGCUGGACGUGCGCGCUCACGAGGCGCAGGCUGUAGGGGGCAGCAGAGAGCGGCCGCCCUCAGACCUGGUCAGCCGGGUCAGAGGGUACCUGGAGAUGAGGAUCCAUGAUCUACCGCUCCGUCAGGUGGUGGGGGAGGAGUGCGUCGCCUUCAUGUUGAACUGGAGAGAGAACGAUUACCUGACUCUACAAGUGCCGCCAUCUUUGGUCAUGAACAACCCCUACAUCAAGCUGGGUCAGUUACUGGCCUCCACCUGUAAGGAGCUGCCUGGACCUAAGGAGAGCAGGCGCACGGCCAAAGAGCUGUGGGAGACCGUGGUCCAGGUCUGCAGCGUCUCUGUGCAGCACAAACGCAGCAGCGACGGGAGAGUCGGCCUCAUCAAGCACCGGGAGUCCUCCAUGGGCAUCCUGCAGAGGAACAAAUUUAUUACAUUCAUCAAAAAACUUCGAGAGCCUCUGGUCUUGACGUCGCUCAUUUCUCUGUUCGUCAGACUUCACAGUAUUGUCCGAGACGACAUCGUGAACGAGGUGACGGCGGAACACCUCUCCAUCUGGCCGUCCACUCUGGCAAAUAUCCAGGCUGUGGACGUGGAGGCUGUGGCCGUCACGGUGAAGGAGCUGGUGUCCUACGCUCUCACUCUGAACCCCAAUAACCAGUCCUGGCUCAUCACUCAGGCCGACAUCUACUUUGUGACGAACCUUUACUCUGCCGCUCUGAACUUCUACCUUCAGGCCGGAGCCGUGGCCUCAGAUUUCUUCACUAAACACGUUCCGUCGGACGUCUACACGGAUCAGGUUCUUAAACGCAUGAUCAAAUGCUGCUCCAUGAUGAAUUGCCACACACAGGUGGCUGUUCUCUGCCAGUUUCUGCGAGAGGUGGACUACAUGACUGCGUUCAAAGCGCUGCAGGAGCAGAACAGCCACGACGCCAUGGACUCGUUCUACGACUACAUCUGGGACGUGACCAUCCUGGAGUACCUCACACACAUUCACCAUAAACGAGGAGAGGCCGAGAAGAGACAGAUUGCUGUCAAAGCGAUCGGACAGAGUGAGCUGAACACGAGUAACCCUGAGGAGGUGCUGCAGCUCGCGGCUCAGAAGAGGAAGAAGAGGUUCCUGCAGGCCAUGGCCAAGCUCUACUUUUAA